AUGAAAAUAGCGGAGCUUAAUGGGAAUAAAUUUGAAGCGUUCAUCGAUACGGGCAGCGUAUGCUCGUUGAUACGGGAAACGGCAGCCAACGGGAUGCAGACUCAGGAAGCUAACAGAUGCUUCAUGGGUUUCGGCGGGUCCAAAGUAAAGGUGACACAUCAGGUCAACGUAGUUGCAACAAUCGACAACGUCAAACAUGAAGUGACACUAUACCUAGUUCAGGACGAGUUAUUACCCUACGAUAUUUUAGUGGGUCGAGACGUUCUACAAAGUAACGGUUAUCAAAUGCAUGUACGUUUCCUGGGGCAUGAUAUAGACAGUAAAGGCAUACGACCAGGGGAAAUCAAAACCAAAGUAAUUAAAGAGUUUCCGAAACCAACAACAACAAAAGCCGUACGACAAUUUCUGGGUAUAACUGGUUACUUCCGGAAGUUUGUUAAAGGGUACCGCAUUUUGGCACAACCAUUGACAUUGUUACUAAAGAAGAACGCAGAGUUUGUUUGGAAUGAAGAACAAAACGACGCAUUUGAAAAGCUUAAAAGUCUAAUAACAACCAAGCCAGUCUUAACUAUAUACGACGCAACAAAAGCCCACGAGGUGCACACGGAUGCCAGUUCCGCAGUGUUAUCAGGAGUGCUAAUGCAGAACGACGAGGAGUCCGAGUGGAAACCUGUAUUCUAUUUCAGCCGACAGUGUAAUGACGCAGAACGCAACUACGCUAGCCACGAAUUAGAAGUUCUGGCGAUAGUUGAAACACUGCAACGUUACCGAAUGUAUUUGAUUGGACAUAGGUUUAAGGUAAUCACAGACUGCAACGCCGUGGCGGUCACUAAAGCGACAACACCACUGCUACCGCGAGUGGCGAGGUGGUGGCUCAAAUUACAGGAGUUUGACUUUCAAUGCGUUCACCGCGCAGGUACAAAGAAUACGUUAGCUGAUGGGUUAAGCAGAUGUCCAACGCUUCCACCAGUAGAAUCAACAACGAUCGCCGAAUCAAUUUAUCCCAUGGUGAAAAUUGACAACGAUUGGGUAUCGCAAAGACAAAACGAGACAUUAAAAGAAAUCAUCGAAGUUUUAAACGGCAAAGAAACAUUUAACGCACCGCAACUGAAAGAUGACUAUAUAUGGCAAGAAUGUUGCAUUAAUGAAGCAUCGGGUGGCAAGAAGGAAGCACAGCUCCAUGUUAGCGAAGUGGUGCCGAUAUCAUUUAGAUGCAUACAUGUUGACCAUCUAGGGCCUUUUAUACGAAGUAAACAUGGCAAUGUAUACAUCUUGGUCAUUGUGUGUGCUUUCACGAAAUAUGUUAUACUAAAAGCAUUACGUAAUACGAAAACAACUCCCGUUGUCAGCACACUACGAGAUUACAUUACAAUCUAUGGGUGCCCGAAGCAAAUAGUUUCCGACAGGGGCACAGCUUUCACAUCAAAGGAGUAUCAGAGCUUCACCGACAGAUAUGACAUCAAGCAGGUCAAAGUAGCAGUGCGCACGCCCCGUGCCAACGGUCAAGCCGAGCAUGUCAAUAAGACAGUUUUGGCAUCACUCAAAUACAGCAUUAAAGCCGAUAAAGAAUGGGACGAAGCACUACCACAACUUCAAUGGAGCAUAAACUCCCAAAGCAACGCAACUACGAAACAGAGCCCCAAUAGCUUAGUUUUCAAUUAUAAGCCACGCGACGUCACAACGAAUCGAUUAAUCCAAGCUAUCACAGAUGACGACGACGACGGAAAAACUCAACAUGAAGACUUCCGACUGAAAUCAGCGGCCAAACGAAUUAACAUAGAAAGGGCUAAAUAG